CAGUUGUGCUGUUGGCGUUCCUUGGUCAGUGGUUGUGUUAUCGUACAUGCUGUGGAUUUAUCAUAUUUAGCGAGUAUUCAAUCGUACACCAUGUAUUCUACGAUCGCUCUUGUCUCGCUCAUGGCCUGUGCGGCCCAUUGUGGAGAUCUCGGCGGCCACGAAAUCUUGGCCAGUCACGGAGGCGACUUGGGAGGACACGGUGGGGACUUGGAAGGACAUGGAGGCGACUUGGAGGGCCACGGAGGUAACUUGGGUGGUCACGGAGGUGCCUACGAAGAGCAAUACGCGCCGCAGCCCUACAAGUUCGGCUACAGAGUCAAUGAGGAGUGGGGUCAACAGCACCGGGAAGAACAGGCCGACGGUCACGGGAACGUUGUGGGGAGUUACGGAUUUACGGACGCCAAUGGGAUCUACCGGCAGGUGAACUACGUGGCGGACAAGUUCGGAUUCCGCGCUCAAGUCAAAACUAACGAGCCGGGCACAGCUUCCUCGAAUCCUGCCGACACUCGCAUCGAGAGCUCUGCGCCGAUCAAUGUACCUCAUCAGGGAGUCGGAGGCUACGAAGAGGGACAGCAUGGCAUCAAAGCUUGA